AAUGGAUUUAGACUUUUUUGCUAUAUGGUCACCAACUGUAAAUUUGAUUGACCUCUUUGGUGAAUUUAUUCAUCUAAGCCCAACUGAGGGUAGGAUUAACGAUUUACAACAAUUUAAAUCAUUCAUAUCCCUCACUAUCACACCAUUUAUUCUCAAAAUUGAAAAUAGUACAAUGAUUAAGGAGCAAAUUUUUGAAUAUCUAAAGGAUAAUUAUAAUAUCUUUCUAUUACCUCAUCAAAAUCAGUUAAUAUUAUCAAAUUCAAAUCAACUUGUAUCAACUUUAAUUGUUAUAAAAACUUUAUUAGCUAACAAAAUAUAUAAAGUCAGAAUAGCAGCUUAUGGUAUGAAAUCAACUCAUAUUCCUUCGAUUUUAUAUACAAUUACCAAUAACCUUCCCAGUCAUGACAAUAUAUUUGAUUUUGCAUUUAAUAUUAAAAUGGAUUAUGGUGGUGGUGGUGGUGGUGAUGAUGAUGAUGAAACAACCAAGUUACAUUUAUUUAAAAUACCAAAAAGCCAUGGUAUAACUUUUCCUAUUCUUUAUGGAAUUGGUGGAGGUUUUGGAGGUAUAUUAAUUAAAUAUUUACCUCCUAAUCCUUCGGUCUAUAAUAAUAAUAUUGCAAUUAAAUUAUACCAAAGUGGCCUUAUACAUAUCAUUAAAGCUGUUAAUAAAAUGGGUUAUGAAGCUGAACCAAGAACAAAUAAGGCUAUUCAUCUAAGAUAUUGUAUGUUCAGAAAAUUAAUUGACAUUUUAAAGAGAAAUCAAAAAUUCUUACACAAAUUAUGUUUGGAGACAAGAAUUAGAAACAUCAACAUGGAAGAAGGAAUUAAAGUUGCCAAUAAGAUAUUAGGUGGUGGAAAUGUUUAUAAAUUAUUUCAAUUAAAUAAUUUAAACAUCCAAGAAUGUACAAGACAUAUUGAUUUGGCUGAUUAUUUCUAUAAUAUAUAUCACAUAUUAAAAUUAGCUGAAGCCUAUAAAUUUGGUAAGGUUAAAAGCCAAAAGCCACCAAGAGAGGAACACUUACAUUUAUUAAUUAAAAUCUAUAGCUCACUUGGAAUAUUUUCCAAUUAUUGGAAGAAAUGGAAAUGUCCAUAUAUUAACAUCAGCUUUACUGGAAAUAUCACUUGCGAUAAUAAUUUACACAAUGAAAUUGAAAGUUUGUCUAUAACUGACAACAAUACAACUCAGCCUAAUAAACCAUUACCAAUAAUUCAAAUUUGCAAAGAAAAUCCAAAUGAUUGCAAGUCAGACCAUUUGAUAUUUUUCAAUAGUCAAGAUUUCUCAAUAACAGAGAGGGUAAUUGAAAAAAAAAACCAGUAA